GGCGAGAGCUUCCGAGCCGCGGCCAUGGCGUCCUCUCAUCCCACCCGAUCAGCGCCCCGAGCACGAAGGCAAGCCAACCCUAGUUCUCGACAUGAAUCACACGCUCGUCUCGAGCGUCACAAGCCCCGACCAGAGCGCCCCUUUGUCGACGAUUUCCUCCGCCAAAUGGCCCGUGUCUACGAGAUCGUCGUCUUCACGUCGUGCGACCGGCGCAUCGCGGAUCCGAUCCUGGACGAGCUCGACCCCGAGGGAAGAUUGUUUGCGCACAGAUUGUAUACCGAGCAUUGCAGCUGGAGCAGCGAAGUUGGGCACGUCAAGGAUUUGUCGAUGCUGGGGCGGGGGAUGGAGAGGGUGGUGAUUGUGGACGACUCCGAGUCUAAGUGUGUGUGGAACCUGGAUAACUGGGUGCCCGUUUCGAGCUUCUGGGACAACCCCGGUGAUCGCGAGCUGCUGGACCUCGUCCCGUUUUUGCUCGGCCUUGCGAAGGUCGAGGAUGUGAGGCCGGUUGUGCGGAAGUGGCGAUUACAAAACUUCGGCAAAUAAUUGGAUUUUCCUUUAAGGACAGCGUUUAGAAAUCUGCGGAGAGCUGGUCAGAGUUUCUUGAUUUUCUCGGCUCUGAUUGUUUUCGAUUGAUUUUGUAGUUUAUGAACCUGUAUUGCAAUCAAAAUGGAUUGUUCUUUAUCUCC